AAAAUAUAUGUUUAAUUAACAUGUUUGACCCCGUCCACGUGGAUACGGAGCGUACACUCUCUCAAAACGCUACAGUUUUGGUUCUUGAACGCGGCGGCUCGCCUUACGAUAACUCGACGGCAACUGAUAUCGGAAACUUUGCCAAAACACUCUCAAACACAUCUAAAUCGUGGUCGCAGCUUUUCGUAUCCGAAGACGGCGUCUACAACACACGUGCGCGCGUCCUCGGUGGAGGCUCGGUGCUAAACGCUGGAUUCUACACGCGUGCGGGGGAUGACUACGUGAAGGAGGCCGACUGGAUGAGCGAUGAAGUGGAAGCUGCUUACGGGUGGGUCGAGAAGAAAGUAGCGUUUAAACCUCCGAUGUUGGGAUGGCAAACCGCGUUGAAGGACGGGCUUUUGGAGGUUGGAGAGUUUCCUUACAACGGUUUCACGUACGAUCAUAUCAACGGGACCAAGAUCGGUGAUACAAUCUUUGAUGAUGCCGGUCAAAGACAUACGGCGGCGAACCUGUUGGAGUAUUCUAAUCCGAACAGCAUUGCUGUCUAUUUGCAUGCUACUGUUCACAAGAUCCUCUUCACCACCAAAGGAAGGCCAAGGCCAAAAGCAUACGGAGUGAUAUUUCAAGACGCAAAUGGACUGUUACACAAAGCUGAGCUGGCGAAAAACGCAAUGAACGAGGUGAUUUUGUCGGCGGGUGCCAUUGGGAGCCCGCAGCUGCUGAUGCUUAGCGGCGUGGGUCCUAUGGCUCAUCUUGUGGCUCACGGGAUUAAACCGGUGGUCUUAGACCAUCCAAUGGUCGGGCAAGGGAUGGGAGAUAAUCCGAUGAAUGCCAUCUUUAUUCCUUCUCCUACUCCCGUAGAAGUUUCUCUAAUACAAGUCGUUGGGAUCACAAAGUUUGAUAGCUACAUCGAAGGAGCUAGUGGUGUAAUCUUCUCUUAUAGUUGGACUCGUAAUUUUUUCGAUGGCGUUUUGAAUUAUUUUAACGAGGUAUAAUAAACAUAACUUUAUUAAACGUUAUUACAACUUUAUUAUUUACUAAUGAAAUAACUAUAUGCUAAUGUUUUUUUACCUUGUUUUGUUUUGACUGGGUAAGAUGCAGACAAGCCGUACUACCACUUCCACAUCACUCUCGACUCAGUCCAUCACCGACUUUUUCAAAUCCAUAAAUCCAUUAUUAAAUGCAACCAUAAAAGCUGGUUUAAUCCUCCAGAAAGUCGCGGGACCAGUCUCUAGAGGUCACUUGGAGCUAAGGAACAUAAACCCAAAUGAUAAUCCUUCAGUGAGAUUUAAUUACUAUCAGGAGCCAGAGGAUCUAGAGAAAUGUGUUGAAGGGAUUGCAACUAUCAUUAAAGUGAUUAACUCGAAGGCAUUUUCCAAAUUCAAGUACCCGGAAGCGACCAUACAUGGCUUGCUCGAUAUAAUACGGAGCGUUCCAACUAAUCUGAGACCGAGGCAUGUAACCUCGGUGCUUAAUUUAAAACAGUUUUGCAUCGACACUGUGAUGACUAUUUGGCAUUACCACGGAGGUUGCCAAGUUGGAAGAGUGGUAGACAAGAAUUACAAAGUUUUAGGUAUUGACGGUUUAAGGGUUAUCGAUGGAUCAACAUUUCUCAAGUCUCCGGGGACGAAUCCUCAAGCUACGAUUAUGAUGCUUGGAAGGUAUAUGGGACAAAAGAUUCUUCGAGAGAGGGAGGUUUUCCGCAAAAGGAACGAAGAAACAUGAGAUAUUACUUUUUGAGAUAUAUGCUAAAAGAAUCAUGGACUUGAAUUAUUUUAAUCAAUGUAUGCUGAGCUAAAAUAGUCUUAACGUGUACAUCAAUCCAUGUUCUGUUUCUAUUAUGUAUAAUAAUGGUGGAAUCUUUGAAAUUCAGAUGGUUAGUGUGCGUAGUAUAUGCUUUGAUUUGAAUCUUGCCUAUUACACUUUCAAAGAAGUGGCUUGGAAAGUGAAGCAUCUGCUAUAUGUGAGGAUAAUACUUAGAGCAUAUGCGGUUGCUCGAAUGGUUUAUUCUUGGUUAUAUAAAUUGCAUAGACGUUGUUAAAAAAAUUGUAACGACCCGAUUCCGGUCUCGGAACUCGUUAGCCGGCUAAGGCCCAAGCAAUACCCGAGGCCCAAGAUGUUUGUCUAUAAAUACUCCUCCCAGCCUUAUUUUCUCCACCUGCAAAGAAACAAGAAUCAGAAAUUUUAGAAAAAAAAGAAAGUUCAUGAAAGAGUAGUUUGAUCUCUUGCAAGCUGAGCCAUCGCCGGAGCUCAUCACGACCACCGCACGCCGAGAAGUCGACAAGCUCUUCACCACCGUUCACCGCAGCUGAGAACCGCCGGAAACCGCCGCCUCUUAAGCUUUGUUUUUGUCCGUUCAGUAUAUCGGCCAUAUCUCUCUAACCGUUGAGAAUCUCGCGCAUGGAAAGCCACCAUCGUACUCCUCCGGUCGAGACGAAGGCGCAGCCACCGACCACGCCGCAAUCGGAGUCCGGAUGAAGCUGCACGCUCCGUUCAAACUUUCGCCUCCGCUCGCGCGUGACGGCCACGCGCCGCAGCCGGAAAUCGUCUCCGCCGCUUUAGCCGCCGUCCUCCGCCGCCGCCAGACCGUCGCCGAGCCGCCGCUUCGCCGCUACCGAAACGCCACCGGACCACCGUGACUUGCUGCCGCCGGCCGCCGUGACUCGCCGGUGACUCAGUGAGUCAACUUGUUGACCGGUUUAAAUUGAAUUCGAAAUCGGUUAGGGUGAGCCGGUCGGUUAAGUAAAAUUGAUUUUUGGUCAAGGGUUGACCGUUGACCAGCGAGUUGACUUUUCCAUAAACCUUGACCAUACCUGUUUUAAACCGUUCGAAAGGCGUUGUGACUCGAUUUAUCGCCCUGAUUUUAGAUUUGGAGUCUAUUUGAGCAUCCGGAGUUCAUAGACACAACUUCUUCUUGUUGCUAAGGUGAGGGCUACUCCGAUUAAAUCCCGAACUAGUUUAGUACUACCGUUAUGGAAAGUCUAGUUUCGAAACAUGAUCCGUCUCUGUGAAUCGAGUCUGUUUGAGAGUUUUGUUUGUUUAUUAUUGUUAUUGAUUGUUAAACCGGAAACAGAAUAAUAGGGGAUUCAACGAUUGAUUGAAAUGAUUGAUGUUAAGAACUGUUAUAUAUAUAUAUAUAUAUAUAUAUAUGUAUAUAUGUGAGUCCAUGUGUUGAGAUUGUGGGGUGCAGAGGUGUCUGCACUAGGCCGCGGGAUUUGUGGGGUGCAGAGGUGACAGCACUAGGCCGCGGGAUUUGUGGGGUACAUAGACAUUUGUACUAGGCCGCAUGUUUGAGAGAUUGCGGGGUACGGAGAUAUUUGUACUAAGCCGUGUGUUUAGCGGGGUACAAAGACGUUUGUACUAGGCCGCUUGUUUGUGGAGAUUGCGGGGGUACAGAGUGGACUACUGUACUUACGACGCUUGCAGAGUUAUAUAUAUUUAUAUCCUUAUGAGGAAAUGCGGUAUGCUAUCAUCGUAUUGGUUGUAGCAUGUCUAGUCCACUAGACAUAUAUUGAUUGUUCUGUGUGGUAUAAUAGGCACCGUGAUUGUCUCAUGCUAGAGCUAGGCCUACAUAGUUGUAGGACUAUGAACUGAGUCAGUGGUUUGCGGUUUAGCAUCCCAUACCUCACUGGGCGAUUCCCCUGUCGCUCACCCCACCUUCUUUCCCCUCUCAGGUGAGACCGAUGAGCAGGAGUGAUUAUAUCGGACCGAUGCUUUUGGGCUUUUGGGUUUUUACUACUAUCGGGCUUUGGACUUCUAUCACUUUUAUCGUUUUAUCGCUCUUGGGCCUUUGAGCUUCUAUCUAUCAUUUAUGUUAUUUCGUAUUUUGGACUUUCGGUAUAUGUCGUACUUUAUGUUUCGGAUGUUAUCGUUGUUGGCCCUGUAGGCCUUGUGGUAUCGUAUUGACUUAUAUUUUGUACAUAUAUUUUGUAUAUAUAUUGUAAAUAUAUAGUAAAAACUCUAUAAAUUAAUAAUGUCGGGACUAUGG